AUGGCUACAAAUAUACCUUCCAAAAGGAAAUACCCAAUAAUACAACCAACCUACAAUCCCAAAUCCGCCAACGCAUCUCGCAAACGCGCAAAAUAUCACGAUGCUCGUUCACUGGCCGUCCAAUCCACCGACGCAGCUCUCUCUGCUACUGGCGAACUCGACGUUGCAGCCUACGUAGGAGCUCGCGAAUAUGAGAUUCGAGCUUUGGAGACUGGGAUACAGAAAUCGAAGGGGGCGUUGGCGACUCGGGCGUUUCAGAAGGUCCCUAGAGCGCUGAGGAGGAGGACUGCGAGUCAUAAUGUGAAGAGGGUUCCGAAGAGGUUGCGCGCAAGAGCUAAGAGAGAAACAUUGGUGCUGACGCAGAACAAGAUGAUAGAAGAUAAUACACCUACGGUGACUGCGCGACGACGAAAACCUACCAAAAUAUUACGAAUCCGGCUCGAGACAGCGCGGCGUCUUCAGAGCCUUAAUAAAAAGACGAAGGAGAAACGAGCAGCACUGAAAGAGAAGAGAGAAAAAGAAGCGCAGAGUAAAUCUGCACUGGAAGGAAGCCAUACGCAUACUAUUGCUCCACGAGUACCCAAGGUCAAGAAGAACAAACUUUCGCGACCAUCACCACCGGUAUCGAAAUACAGGAAACGACAACGAUCAAAAACGUGGCUACCUACGCACAUGUUUCAUGCAAAGCGGGCUCAUAUGACUCCUCCCGGAGAACCACUUUGGAGAUUCGCUAUCCCGUUGACACCUACUGAAAAGAGCUAUCGCCCAACUCAUCGAGCAGCAGGAUCAAGGGGCGCUAUAGCAUGGGAUGUGAGUUAUAUGUCUACUGUUCAAUUAGAAGGAAAGUUUGCUGCGUUAGAAAAUGUCCUCAAGAGUCUGCGGGUAGAAGGAGAUGAGUGUUGGGGAUCCAAGGGAAGGAAAUGGAGACAAGGAACAAGAGUACUUCAGAAGUGGGUGUACGAAGCAGACGAGAACCGGAAACCCAUAGCGCCGGUGACUCUGAUAUGGUGUGCGACAGCACCGAAAAUAGAGGAGGAUCAAGAAAUGUCUAAUGCUGGUGAUACGUCGGCAUCAAGAACACAAGUACGGGAUAAAGUGUUCAUUCGUGUUCAUCCGUCUGCAUUCCUACAACUUUGGAACGUACUCUUGCAGGUAUGCAAGAAACAGAAUCCGCCAGUCACUCUCCAAGACCUACGAUUCGAUAUUGGGAGCAUUGAAAUCGCAGGACCCGGGUCAACAGAGGCACUCCUUGCUACGAUGCGUCCUGUUAAGUUGAAUGAGCCGGACAAUGAGGACAACUGUCAUGCAACGACCUGGAAAUCUCUUCUCGGCGUCACGAAUCCCUCUUCUCUCCCCAACGGAGCUCUCUUGUCGUUCUCAAUUAGCGAUCCACGACUACAUUAUCCUGUGAAGACCCUAAAACCCUCGAUAUCCGAAUCUGAUAUGAGUAAUCUAGCAACUACACUAUCUUCAUGGGCCCCCGACCGUUACCGAAACCCGCCAGCUCUGUUCAACCGCUCCUUGCGACUCACUGCAAGCCGUCGUCUUCCAAGCCAGAAAGCAAUCAACCGGCGAAGGACAUUGGCUGGACCAGGAGUUUCGCUGAAACCGCAGUCUACUGACCCUCAAAUUCCUGUAAUGGUAUUUGCAUCGCGACUAGAAACCGGUUCAAAGGAUAGUAACAGUCACGGUAGCUGGACGGUCCUUUUGCCAUGGGAAUGCGUUGCGCCUCUGUGGUAUGUACUUAUGUACUAUCCACUCUCUAGCGGAGACACCCCCCGGUUUGGCGGUAUCAAGGAGCAACGUCAAUUAACUUUCGAGUAUGGACAUCCUUGGUUUCCCGGGGAUUAUCCUGGGACACGUGCCGGUUGGGAAUGGAAUAUCAGGGAACAGGAAGAGCGCAAAAAAGAGUGGGAAAAAAGACCCAAGGGGAAAAGAGUGGAGUUUGAUAGUCUUGAUUUGGGUAAUGGUCAGAAAGGAGAGGUUGGACGAGGCUGGGCAUGCGAUUGGGAAAGAAUAAUUCAAAAGAUGCAGUCGACUGUGGUGGAUGAGACACAGGAUACGGAUAGCAGCGGGAUGAAGGAGACUACUGAGCCUACGGAAUCGACACAGGACGUUGUACCCCCGCUGGACAUUGAGUAUUUAAGAUUCGACGCCAGAACCGCCGCACAACUGAACGCGAACACACGGCCUUGGAAGUUUCAGAAGUUUCCCGCGGAUAAGCCAUAUCUAGCCACAGUGAAGGUCACACUCAUGGGACGUGGAACUCCUAAUCCAUGUGCACGUAUCUAUCGUCUUCCCUCCAAGAAUGACAAACUACGUAAACAGUGGCUGGCAACAAGAUCAACUCCAGCCAAGGGCAGUUCUAACAAGAAGGUGUCCGGAGCAAACCCUUCAACGAAAGGAAAGCCCAAGCAGAACGAUCCCAAGGACUCGAAAGCACAAGGCGAGGAAUUCUUACAGAACCUAGCAGCAUCAUUAGUCGAAACAUCUACCGAUAAACCGACUUCGGAGAUUUCUCUGCCUCUGGAAGAUGAUCUGAUCGGGUUUAUAUCUUCCGGCAACUACAAUCUGACGGAAGGUAAAGGCACCGGUAUUGGAUCAAUAUUCGUCUCGAAAGUGGCCGAAUCGCAUCAUUCUUCCACAGAGCCUGCAUCUAAAUCUUACUCACAGUCGACAAGGGAGAAAGAUCUAUUGGAGAGGAGAGUGUGUAUUGUCCGUCCUGCGGGUGAACGUGUUGGACGACUUGGAGUGUGGGAGUUUGUGUAG